GAUCUAAUAAGAGAUUUGACACAAAAAACACGAAACAUGUUGAGGUUCUUGUUGCUGACCAUUCUCGCCGCCUUGGUGCUGGCUGAGCUGGAGCCCCAGCCCAGGUCCUUGGAGGAGCCCCAGCCCAGGUUCUUGGAGGAGGUUGAUGCUGAAGGGAGAGUCGUUGGAGGAGAGGUGGCCAGACCCAACUCUUGGCCGUGGCAGAUCUCUCUCCAGUACAAAUCUGGCAACAGCUUCUACCACACCUGCGGAGGAACACUCAUCAAGAGAGGAUGGGUGAUGACUGCUGCUCACUGCGUUGACCGUUCCAGGACUUGGCGUGUGGUUCUGGGAGACCACAACAUCAACAGCCACGAGGGCCGAGAGCAGUACAUGAGCGUGAGUCGCGUCUACCUUCACCCCAGGUGGAAUUCCAACAAUGUCGCCGGAGGGUGGGACAUUGCCCUGCUGCGUCUGUCCUCUGAGGCGUCCCUCAACAAUUACGUCCAGUUGGGUGCCCUCCCCCCCUCGGGACAGAUCCUGCCCCACAACAACCCCUGUUACAUCACCGGGUGGGGGCGCACCAAGACCGGAGGUCAACUGUCUGCCCAGCUAAAGCAGGCCUACCUCCCCUCGGUGGACCACAGGACAUGCUCCGGCUACGGAUGGUGGGGCAGCACGGUCAAGACCUCCAUGGUCUGCGCCGGCGGAGGCAGCGACUCUGGUUGCCAGGGUGAUUCCGGCGGCCCCCUGAACUGUAGCGUGAACGGCAAAUGGGUGGUGCACGGCGUGACCAGCUUUGUGUCAUCGUCCGGAUGCAACGCCUACAGGAAGCCCACAGUCUUCACUCGCGUUUCCGAUUACAUUGGCUGGAUGAACGGCGUCAGUAUUUAA